AUGGCCGACGACGGGGAGCUUCCCUCCCCGUCACCGGAGGGGAGGAGGGUCAAGUUCCUGUGCAGCUUCGGGGGGAAGAUCCUUCCUCGCCCAUCGGACAGGCAGCUCAAGUAUGUCGGAGGAGAGACCCGCGUCGUCGCCGUCCGCCGCUCGGCCACCUUCUCAGGUACCCAAAAACACGCGACUAGUCGCCGGCGCCGGUGGACCCUCGAAUGGUGGCUCCCUUGAAUAACCUCUCGGCCGGUUGGUGGGCAGAGCUGAGGAAGAAGAUAGAGAAUGUGUUCAACGCGGAGGUGGGUAUCAAGUACCAGCUGGCCUCGGAGGAUCUCGACGCCCUCGUCUCCGUCACCUGCGACGAGGACGUUGACCACAUGCUCGACGAGUACGACCGCCACGACGGGGGUUGCCACUGCGGCGCCGCCGCCCGCCUCCGGGUCUUCCUCUUCCCUUCCGUCGCCGCCGCCCACGACAGCCCCCUCUACCAUCACCACCACCCGCAGCACCACCACGCGAUCGCUUUGGAGCAGCGGUACAUCGACGCCGUCAACGGGCGGCCCGUGUUCGCCUUUUCCCCGGCGGAGUCGUCCCCGCGGUCAACGGCGGCGACUGGCCGCGGUGGCUGGGGGGGCUCGCCGGAGAUUCACCGCGUCCGCAGCUCCCCCAAUCUGUGCGGCGGUGGCCCCCAGCAGAGCCACCACCGGCAUCGACUCCACGGCGGCGCCGCCGCAGAGAAUGAGGUCGUCUCCGCCGUGGGGGCGGCGGCGGGGGGGCGGCGCCGCCCGCCACCGCUCCACGUCGCGAGCAGGUACUACUCGCCGGUGCACACGCCGCGCAGCGACGGCGGAGCCUGCGCGUCCUGCGGCCACGUGAUCGACGCCCCCAAUCAGAGGCCCGGAGACAACGUGCCCCCUAGAUCCCCCGUCCGUCACCACAUACGGGACGUGUCACGUACGACGGGUGAGGUCAACGGUUAA